CCAAAAACAUAAGACGAGAGUGAAUAUAAAGGGAAUUACUGGCAAGGGAGCUGUAACUAUCUCACCACUGAGUCCAUUACUUUUCCAAGAUCAGAAAAGUAUUACAUUAAUAGGAACCAUUCCUUACUCAGAUAAGAAUUCAAGACGUUGACUACAGGAGGGAAUCUGAAAAAUGACGGGAGCAAAGAGGAAAAAGAAAAGUGUGCUGUGGGGCAAGAUGCACACCCCCCACUGUGAAGACAUUAAACAGUGGUGUAAAAGGCGCCUACCUAUUUUGGAAUGGGCACCACAGUACAAUCUGAGGGAGAACCUGCUUCCAGACACUGUGUCUGGGGUAAUGUUGGCAGUUCAACAGGUGACACAAGGGCUGUCCUUCGCUAUUCUUUCAUCCGUACACCCAGUUUUUGGUUUAUAUGGAUCUCUGUUUCCAGCCAUCAUUUAUGCUGUAUUUGGAAUGGGACGCCAUGUUGCCACAGGUACCUUUGCCUUGACAUCCUUGAUAUCAGCCAAUGCUGUGGAGCGGCUUGUCCCUCAAAGCAGCAGGAACAUCACCAUGCAGAGCAACUCAAGUGUGCUGGGCUUAUCUGACUUUGAGCUACAGAGAAUCGGGGUUGCAGCGGCAGUUUCAUUCUUGGGGGGAGUGAUUCAGAUGGUUAUGUUUGUGCUGCAGCUGGGUAGUGCCACCUUCCUGCUUACAGAGCCUGUCAUCAGCGCCAUGACCACAGGGGCUGCCACCCAUGUCGUGACAUCACAAGUCAAGUAUCUCUUGGGAAUAAAAAUGCCAUAUAUAUCCGGACCACUGGGAUUCUUCUAUAUUUAUGCAUAUGUUUUUGAGAACAUCAAGUCUGUGCAGCUGGAAGCACUGCUCUUAUCCUUGCUGAGCAUCGUCGUUCUUGUUCUUGUUAAAGAGCUGAAUGAACAGUUUAAAAGUAAAAUUAAAGUAGUUCUUCCUGUCGACUUAGUUUUGAUCAUUGCUGCCUCAUUUGCUUGCUACUGCACCAACAUGGAGAGCACAUAUGGAUUAGAAGUCGUUGGGCACAUUCCAAAUGGGAUUCCUGCUCCCCGAGCUCCCCCAAUGAGCAGCCUCUCUGCAGUGCUCACCGAAGCUUUCGGCGUUGCCCUUGUAGGCUACGUGGCGUCACUGGCUCUUGCUCAAGGAUCUGCCAAGAAGUUCAAAUAUUCAGUUGAUGACAACCAGGAACUUUUGGCCCACGGCCUCAGCAACGUGAUCCCUUCCUUCUUCUUCUGCAUCCCGAGCGCUGCUGCCAUGGGAAGGACCGCUGGUCUAUACAGCACAGGCGCAAAGACACAGGUGGCUUGUCUAAUAUCUUGCAUUUUCGUCCUUAUGGUCAUCUAUGCAAUAGGACCCUUGCUGUACUGGCUGCCCAUGUGCGUUCUUGCAAGCAUUAUUGUUGUGGGGCUGAAGGGAAUGUUAAUACAGUUCCGGGAUUUAAAAAAAUACUGGAAUGUGGAUAAAAUCGACUGGGGCAUAUGGAUCAGUACUUACAUUUUUACAAUAUGCUUUGCUGCCAAUGUGGGACUGUUGUUUGGUGUUGUCUGCACCAUAGCUAUUGUGUUAGGACGCUUCCCAAGGGCAAAGACUAUAAGCAUAACAAACAUGAAAGAAAUGGACUUUAAAGUGAAGACAGAGAUGCAUGAGAACACAGAGAACUGGCCUCCUUCCAAAAGGACCAAUGUCAAGGUCUUUCCAGGUAGCCUGAAAGCAGGAAGUGACGUCAGGAGUCUUUCUGUGACACCCAGGAGAAUGGAAACCUUGCAACAGAUAAAAAUCAUCUCAAUAAACAACCCACUUGUUUUCCUGAAUGCAAAGAAAUUUAAUGCUGAUCUAAUGAAAAUAAUCCUAAAGGAAAAUGACAGCAGCCAACCACUUGAUGAUGUCAGCAAGUGUGAACAGAACACCCUGCUCAGUUCCCUGUCCAAUGGCAACUGCAAUGAAGAAGCUUCCCAGCCCUGCCCUGGUGAGAAGUGUUCUUUGGUCCUGGAUUGCAGUGGCUUGACCUUUUUUGACUACACGGGAGUCUCCACGCUUGUUGAUCUUUACCUAGAUUGCAAGAGCAGGAGUGUCGACAUGUUCUUAGCCAGCUGUACAGGUAAGGGUGUGUCAUCAGCUCCCACCGAGAGAGUCCUUUCAGCUGCUCCCUGUGCCCUUACAUCUCCUGUGCCUUCUUGCAGCAUCCUUGGUAAAAGCAAUGACAUACUACGGAGAUCUAGACACUGAAAAACCGCUUUUUUUUGACUCAGUACCUGUUGCA